UUACUAUAAGAUAGCCUCUCUAGCUCUCUCAACGUCUUUACAAACCCGACAAAAUCUCUGCAUCUGAAAUACGCAAAAAGUCAGCACCGAUAUUUACGACACUGGAAACCAUGGCAUCGCUGCGAUCAAGCUUACCAUGGACGAAAUUACCUCUCAUCAUCAACGCACCCAUGGCUAAUUUUGCCGGUGGAGACCUCGCAGCUGCAGUCACAGGAGCUGGCGGUCUGGGAACGAUCGGCACAAUGUUCGACAUGGAUGUCCUUAAAGCAAACCUUAACACCGCCUCAAAACUACUACAACGAGGAAACAUCCCGCGGUUCAAUGGCACCCUUCCGGUCGGCGUCUCCUUCCUCACAUUCGCCUCGAAACUCGGCCCAGCAACACCAGUAAUUGAAGAAUUCAAGCCUGCAGUCGUGUGGCUGUUUGGCGCGAUAGAAUUGGAUGAUUACGUUGUUUGGGCGAAGGCAGUUAGAGAAGUGAGUCCGGCUUCGAAGAUCUGGAUCCAGUGUGGUAGCGUGGCUUCAGCUUUGCACAUUGCGAAGUCGUCUGCGUUGGAUGUGCUCGUGGUGCAAGGAGCGGACGCUGGAGGUCAUGGAUAUGAGAAGAGUGCUGGAAUCAUCUCAUUGCUUCCAGAAGCCGCCGAUGCGUUAGCGAAAGCGGGAUUCGGGCAUAUACCACUCGUGGCGGCUGGCGGUAUUGCUGAUGGCCGUGGAGUUGCUGCAGCACAGGCCCUUGGUGCGAAGGGUAUUGUGAUGGGUACUAGAUUUCUGGCGGCCAGGGAAACGACUGUGCCGCCCAAUUACCAGACGGCUGUCUUGAAGGCAACAGAUGGCAGUCAGAGUACGGUCCGGGCGAAAGUCUUCGAUGAAUUAAAGGGUCCCAACGUCUGGCCGGCGGUGUACGACGGAAGAAGUAUUGUUACCGAAAGCUACACAGAUCAUGUCAAGGGAGUAGGUAUAGAAGAGAUCAGAAAGCUGCACGCUGAAGCAGUCAAAAAGGAGGAUGGAGGGUACGGAGAGAAAGCAAGAGCGGCCAUAUGGGCGGGUACCGGAGUUGGACUUGUGACAGAGGUGAUGGAUGCUGCUGAUAUCAUCGAGCAAGUUCGCAGCCAGGCUCAGAAAAUUUGUAAAGAAUUCAGUUCUUAAGAGCGAAAAGCCAGGUAGCCGCAAGAGCUGAUUUAAUUCAAACCCAAUGCAACUGCAUACUGCUUCAGCUUUGCUUGUAGUAACUUGAUGGCGAAGUAACAAAGAGCGUUUGAUUAGAGAGAGCAUUAUAAAUUUGAACUUAAGAAAGAG